GGCAUCGUUCCAUCAAGCAGUAAACCCUCACCGGACCAAACCUUCAUUAUGAAAUCCUGCAUCGUUUUCGCUUUAUUCGUGGCCGCUGCCUCGGCCGCCGCCAUCACCACCAACAGCAAGGAUGCUGUCAUCCUUCAACAGACAUUUGACAAUAUCGGCGUUGAGGGUUACGGCUUUGGCUUUGAAACUUCUGAUGGCAAAACAGCCCAGGAAUCUGCUGUAUUGAAGAACGUCGGUACCGAAAAUGAGGCUCUUGAGGUUCGCGGACAGUACUCGUACGUCGACCUCGAUGGAAAGGUCCACGAGACGACGUACACCGCUGACGAAAAUGGUUUCCAUCCCUCCGGAGCAGACAUUCCCCAGCUCCCUCAAGUCUAAACCACCAACACCAACGAAAAAUGUAGUCCAAAGUGACCUAACAAAGUGUUGUCGAUCAUCUGCAAUGUUAGGAUCUUGUACACUAAAAACACGAUAGGGUAGCGAAUAAAAUAUUUGUUUGAUUUA